UGCAGCUGGAUGGAUAUUGAGGGGAGCCGUUUGGGGCUUGGCUGGCCGGGCUUUUUGUGCGGAGAUGGGCCGCUGAACGAGCCGGGAAGAAACGGGCUGUGAGGUGCAGCUUGAUGCUAGCAAGAGAUUCCAUGCCAGAAGAGCGGGACUCCAUUAAUCAUGACCAGCAAUCUGGAUAUUUUUGUGGGCAACACUACCUUGAUCGAUGAAGAAGUCUAUCAACUGUGGCUAGAUGGAUAUUCUGUCGAUGAUGCCGUCUCUCUUCGGCUGCGUUCUGGCAUCCUGGAGCAGACCGGCGCCACGGUUGACGUCCUCCAGAGUGAUACCAUGGACCAUUACCGCACCUUCUACAUGUUGGAGCGUCUCCUCCAUUCUCCCCCCAAGUUGCUGAACCAGCUGCUUUUCCAGAUCCCGCCUUGCCGGCAGACGAUGCUGAUCGAAAGGUACUAUGCCUUCAAUGCUGCUUUCGUCCGUGAGGUGCUGGGAAAAAAGCUAUCAAAAGGAACCAAGAAAGAUCUGGAUGAUAUCAGUGCCAAAACUGGCGUGACUCUUAAAAGUUGUCGCCGGCAGUUUGACAAUUUCAAGCGUGUUUUCAAAGCCGUGGAGGAACUGCGUGGGUCGUUAGUGGAAAACAUUCAACAGCAUUUCUUGCUUUCCGAUCGGUUAGCCAGGGACUAUGCCGCCAUCGUGUUCUUCGCCAACAGCCGCUUUGAGACCGGGAAGAAGAAAUUGCAAUAUUUGAGCUUCGAGGAUUUUGCCUACUGUGCUGAGCAAAUGAUCGAGAAUUGGACGCUGGGGGCGAUGGAUACCAACGUGGACGAUAUGGACGUCGAUUUGGAUAAAGAAUUUUUACAGGGCCUGAAAGAGUUAAAAGUUCUGAUUGCCGACAAAGAUCUGUUAGAUCUGCACAAGAGGCAGGCGAAUAAGUUGUUAGGAGCUGGCCGGAGGCGCUACGAAUUAAAUAUCAUUUUACAACGUUUCAUUCACUCCCAAGACUUUUGA